UGUUGAUACGCCAUUGCUCAUAUUGGCCCUUCGACAGACCCAUAUCAAUCGCCUCAAGUACGCAUACUUUGUCUGCUUCGCGAAAUCUAUUGACUGGUGGAGACAACGAAUAUAUGGCCAAAUGGCCGGAUGGAGGAUGUUCAAAGCUCUUUGCCGAUACGACCGAUUCAGACGCUCCUUGGUUCAAGAUUCAACAAAGCGCCUUUGAUCUCGCCACCUCCACUUGGGCCUCGGACAUUCUGGCCAAAAACAAUGCCAGUUAUGACGUUACUAUGCUAAAGAUGAACCGUUUAUUCAGCUGCGCUAUCGUCAACAAAUGACCAGUUUUGUAGGAUAUCGCCUCUGGAUACUACUGUGCGGUUCUACCCAGCUAGCUAGUCAUUCACACUGAAAAUCAUCUGACU